AUGACUACAGCCGCCCCUGAGGUGACAGAGACUACAGCCACCCCUGAGGUGACAGAGACUACAGCCGCCCCUGAGGUGACAGAGACUACAGCCGCUCCUGAGGUGACAGAGACUACAGCCGUUCCUCACAGACUUCAGCCGACCCUGAGAGACUACAGCCACCCCUGGGUGACAGAGACUACAGCCACCCCUGAGGUGACAGAGACUACAGCCGCUCCUGAGGUGACAGCGACUACAGCCGCUCCUGAGGCCUCUGUGCUUCGUGUGUGGGACCGGGGCCUUCUGCUCACGCUCUCUCCCCCGUCGCCUCACCCCCGUGUCCCCCUCAUGUCCCCCAUUACCACCACAAUAGCCCCAUAUGGAGAGCAGACGGCACGCAGAAGCUAG